AUUUCAGUUUGCUACAAGGAACCGUACAAAGUGGUGGAGUCAGGUAACAUCGGGUUCACCCUUCCGAUCGACAUCCAUUUGAAGAAUGAAGGCCAUCCAAAAGUGGUAAGAUUCGUGUAUACCAUGUUUUGGGGCGUAACGGAGUGGGUGGAAUAUGAACGAUGCGAAGGGAUCACCUUUGAAAAUCCAAGUCUCAACUUCUACGAAAAGUUGCUUCAAGCUGCUACGGUU